GACUCGGAGACAGCCACACCACACGAAACAAAACCAACAGGAUAAGCAAACCAACCACCGGAAGCUAACCUCUCUCCUUAAAAACAAUCUUACCAUUUGUCUUUCACUCUCUCUGCAAUUAAUUUUCUUAUGGCGUCGCACUUCCCGACUCUUCCGUUUCUUCACCACCAUCUCCCCGAUUUCGCCUGAAUGGAGACACGGAGGCUCACCAUUCUCUGCUCCCAUCUCCGCCCCAUACCUCUGCCUGCCACACCUUUAUCUCCUUCUAAUUGCCUUUCUGAUGACAAGGGGAUUCUGCAAAAUGACUGCGUUUUCUGCAAGAUUAUUCGCGGAGAGUCCCCGGCUUUUAAGCUUUAUGAAGAUGAUACGUGCCUGUGUAUUUUGGAUACAAAUCCGUUGAGUUAUGGGCACUCUCUUAUUAUCCCAAAAUCUCAUUUCUCUUCCUUGGAAGCCACUCCUCCAUCUGUGGUCGCAGCUAUGUGUUCAAAGGUACCUUUUAUUGGCAAUGCAAUCAUGAAAGCCACUGGUUCUGAUUCUUUCAAUUUGUUGGUUAAUAAUGGUGCAGCUGCUGGCCAAGUAAUAUUUCAUCAGAGUAAAAUGGACAUUUAUGCUAAUUUUUCCAUGGAAAUUCUAGACGCACAUCCAUAUAAUCCCUCGAAAGGCGCGAGAUUGCUUAUGGACCACUGAGAGUUUGCAGAGGCAUCCCUUGGAUUUGGACCAAAGAGCAUCUCAACUUGUUAACCGUGUUCGAGAACAAUUAUCAAGCAAUUCUGAAAAUGGCAAGGAUCAAGAAUCUAGUCUCCCUAGAAAUUAAAAGGUCUAUAGAUAUUUUCUGCGUUAUUUUGUGCAUACAGUGUGAGCAUGUACCAUAAUGUGUAUAGACCCAUUCUUUUGAGUAGGUACCUUGCAGACAUAUACAUUGGUUUGUUGUACUCUAAGUGGGAAGUAAUUUGAUCUAGCACUAAAAGUACUUGUAUUUAAACAUUACAAGAAAUGACACCAUAAACUUCUUAGCA